AUGGCUCCGAAAACGAAGAAAUCUAAAAAAUCGUCAAAUAAGGAGGAGUCGAUGCUCGAUUUCGUUGAAGAAGAGGUUACUGGAGAUGUGAACGAAGAAGAUUUCGAGAAAAUAGAAGACGUUGUAGAAGAUUCUGACUCGGACGACGAACCGCCGGCGAAAAAGAAGAAAGUAGCGAAGAAAGAAGUGAAAGAGGAAAUUGAACUGACGGAUGAGAAGCUGCAGGAGUUGAUUCAGAAGUACGAAGAAUCAAAAGCAGCUCUCACAAAGACUAAGGACGAUUUCAAGCAUUUACCGAAAAGUCAGAGAGGAAAAGCACUGAAAAAAGCGUUGAAGAGGGACAAGAGGGCGAGACAAGAAGAAAGAGCGAAGAUUCGAGAUGAGUUGGGAGAGAGUGCCCCGCAGAAGGAAGUUCCGAAGACGAUUGAGAGUAUGAGAGAGUACGAUGCGACGAUGGUCGACGAGCAGGACGACGAAGUGGAGCACGACGAGGCGAAUGACGAGUUCGCUCCGUAUUUCAGCAGAGAAACGUCUCCGAAAGUGAUGAUCACAAUGACUCCGAAGGCAAAGAUUGUCAGUUCAUUCCGUCGUUGUCUCCUUUUCCAAUAUAUCUUUCUCCUUACAGACUACAUUCAAAUUCUGUUUUGAACUUCAAAAGUGCAUUCCGAAUUCGGAGAUUUUCACGAGAAAGAACGUACUGCUCAAAACGAUCAUCGAGCAGGCGAAGGAAAGAGAGUUCACCGAUUUGCUUGUUGUUCAUGAAGACAGAAAGAAACCGAACGGAAUCAUUUUCUGCCAUUUGCCAGAGGGUCCGACCGCCUAUUUCAAGAUUAAUAGUCUCACAUUUACUCAGGAUUUGAAGGUAAGCAUGUGGAAAUGAAGUGUUCCCAUUGUGAAAUUUCAGAAAUUCGGAGAAGCGACUUCUCACUUCCCGGAGGUCAUUCUCAACAAUUUCAACACUCGCCUCGGACACAAGUUCGUUUCUUCCAAGUCUUCGUAGCUCAUUCAUUCCAUUUUCAGCAUCGCUCGUAUGCUCGCCUGCCUUUUCCCUCACGAUCCCAAGUUCACCGGCCGACGCGUCGUCACUUUCCACAAUCAGAGAGAUUAUAUUUUCUUCCGACACCACAGAUACGAAUUCAAGAAAGAGGGAACGAAAGCGGCACUUCUGGAAUUGGGUCCGAGGUUCACGUUGAGGCUGAAAUGGCUGCAGAAGGGAACUUUCGAUGCGAAGUGGGGAGAGUUCGAAUGGGUGCUUAAGAGACACGAAAUGGAGACCAGUCGUCGGCGCUUCUUCCUUUGA